UAGGCCGCGGCCCAAUUUAUUCUUAUAAGAAAGGUGGACUGCGCCGCCAAAUUGGGCCGCCCUCGCUCAAUGAUGUAGCCCCAGGCCCUGACUAGGGACUGAAUUUAAUGUGCGGCAGGGGUCAUCGCACGCGCGCACUUCAGCCCUUAUAGCGGUUGCCUAGCGACGGUGCGCGCACCCCUCACCCACCCCACCUGAAACGGGUCAAUAUUUGAGUCACUUCUCAUCGGAUAGCACAGAGCACCUUGGAAAAUAACGAUUUUGUGCUUCCGUCCGUUCAUCGCGAAGGUCUCGUCUUUCAGGCACUCUUGCACUGCCUCAUCCCUGAAAGCAAAUGCCUGUUGUGCGACUCUUAGCAGAGAAGGUCUUUACUUGGUGCAUAGUUCCAAAAAUUGAAGAGGAAGGACAGGUCAGGUAGAUGAGAAGGGCGCAAUGACCUCUAUUAUAUUCAAUGAGACGAAAAGCGAGCACUUUCGUUUGUCCGAUCAAUAUAGGAAUCUGCAUGGCCAGCUAAGCACAAUUCUUCCAGUGGAAAUAAAUAAGGAUGAGAUUUCGGCGGAAUCUUUGAAGUCAGCUCGCGUUUUCGUUUUGGGGGCACCAAGAGAGAAGUUCAACCAGAGUGAGUUGGACUGCUUGAAGACAUACGUGGACAACGGCGGCAGUAUUUUGGUGAUGCUGGGCGACGGUGGAGAAAAUCAAUACGCAACCAAUAUCAAUUUCCUGCUUGAGGAGUACGGCAUCAUGAUCAACAACGAUUGCGUGAUUCGCACUCAUUACUACAAGUACUUCCACCCAAAAGAGUGCCACCUCCCAAACGCACUCACCAACCAGAUCUUGAUUGACGCCCUGCCCAAGCACUCCAACAAUAAGCUCAAUAGAGCUUUGACGCUGGUUUAUCCGUACGGUGCCACCCUGAACGUUGCAAAACCUGCAGUUCCGAUUUUGUCCUCGGGCCACCUUUGCUUUCCGUCGUGCAGACCAAUAUGUGCUCUUUACCACAAGAGCGCCGGGAAAAUAGCAGUCAUCGGUUCGGGACAUAUGUUAUCGGACACUUAUUUGGACAAGGAGGACAACCGCCAAUUCAAGGAUAUCAUUUUUACUUUCCUCUGCACUAACAUCAUUGACAUCAGCUACAUGGACGCUGAUGAUAUCGAGAUUUCAGAUUAUCACAUGGUGCCUGACACAGCUCAGUUGGCAGAAAAUUUAAAAGUGUCUCUGAACGCCCCACAAGACAUUCCAGUGUCGUACAUGGACCUUUUUGACUUCACCCUGACGUCGAUUAACACCAACCACUUUUUGAACGCAAAAAGGUCAUAUGAACUUCUGGGGAUCAAGUACGAUCUGCUCAAGUUGAUUAUGCCCGAGUUUGAAACUCCAUUACCUACCCUCCAACCUUCAGUUUUCCCUCCCACUUUUCGUGAAUUGUCAGUUCCACCACUGGAACUUUACGACCUGGACGAGGCAUUCAGUUCUGAAGCGGCUCGCGUCGCCCAGAUUGCCAACAAAUGCGGUGACGCCGACCUGUCUUACUUCAUUUCAAGUGCUUAUGAAGUGCUCGGGAUGAACAACAUGAGUGAAAAGAGCACCAAGGAGAUGCUUUACUCCAUAGCCCUGCAGAUCGCCACCUUCAAAAAACAGGGCCAAGCGCCCAUGGAUAUUUUCUAACAGGUAAAGAAACUUUCAGGACCAUGCAUAACCAGCUAUUUUUUGUACUUGUGUUAUUAUAACAAAAGGGAGGUUUUGUCAUGUGUUGCGGCACGACACAAGUAGAAUUUAUGCAGCGCAAUCAAUCCAUCAUUUGAAUUAAAUAGGAUAAAGAAAAAGUCAAGCGAGAAAAAGAUUUCAGUCGUCGGCACUUCUCGACAACAUCCGUCGUCUUUGAAAUACCGAGACAAAGAUGUCGGUGCUGUCGGGACUUUGCCGCGGCUCAGUUUUGCAGUCCCCUCACGGGCCCUCAUCAUUCGCAAUCAAAUCACGUCCCCUGAAUUUUCGUAUGUGGUAAGUGCAUCAUGCACCCCAUGUCAAUGCACUUGAAAGCACAAAUUUUUCUGCACUAAUCUAACUUGCACCACACAAAAUUUUCACCUGCACUAAGUGUAUUUUUGCACAGUUCCCGUUUCUAGCACAAAUUAUAUUUAAAAAACAUAUAGGUGUGUCAAUGUUUGGGAUUUAAAAAGAAAUUUUGAUGUUUUGACGGGAAAAUUUAUUAUUGUGCAUAUUUUAAUAAACAUUUCAACGAUGAGUAUAUAUAUUUCUUGGACAUAUUUACAAAUGACUAACUCAAAAGAAGCCUAAGCUACAAUUUUAACUUUUUAACACAUUUUCAACCCUAAUAUGUAC